AUGCCGCCGAUGGCGUUCACAGGACUGGUCACGAAAGUGGGCGUGAUGAACAAGACGGCGACGGUGACCGUCUCGCGCUUCAUCCUGCACCCCAAGACCGGCAAGAGACUCGAGCGCAGCAAGAAGUAUCUCACCCACGACGAGAACAACCAGCUCCGACUAGGCGACACCGUCCUCAUCCGCAACUGCCCGCCCAUCUCUGCCCGCAAGCGCUUCACCCUCGAGAACGUCCUCAAGAGCCCCGAGGCCGAGCGCGACGAGCUGCACGCGCGUGCAGCUGCCGAGCAGCACCAACACCUCCCGCCCUCGCGCCCGUCCUCGUCCGAGGACGCCUCUCUGUAG